UUAUACAGUGUACAAUAUGGAAGUGGACGGAAAUACGGUUUUGGGGUCAUUGAAGGAACAAGGCGUUGAAUAUGUGUUCGGCAUCGUCGGUAUUCCGGUGGUGGAGCUGUCGAUGGCGAUGCAAGCAGAGGGUCUCAAAUACAUCGGUAUGCGAAACGAGCAAUCUGCUUGUUAUGCUGCUCAGGCCAUUGGCUAUCUAACUGGAAAGCCCGGAGUUUGUUUGGUCGCCGGACCAGGAUUGCUUCACGUUACUGCUGGAAUGGCAAAUGCGCAGAUCAACUGCUGGCCGUUGAUCGUCGUUGCUGGUGCUGCUUUCCAAGAUCAUGAGGGGAUCGGUGCGUUUCAGGAGUGUCCUCAAGUAGACCUGAGUAGACCGUAUUGUAAGUAUGCAGCCAGACCGGCAAGUAUCCCUCUAAUUCCACAACAUGUGGAAAAGGCGGUUCGUCUAGCAUGUUACGGUAGACCAGGGGUGGCAUACCUGGAUAUGCCUGGUAAUCUCUUGCUGGCAAGAGUUCCCGAGGAUAGUGUUCCAAAGCAAUACGUUCACCCAGAGCGCCCGAUUGCAUUUCCCGAUACGAAAUCCGUCAAAGAAGCUGCCCAUUUACUUGCCAAGGCCAAACGUCCGUUGGUAAUCGUUGGCAAAGGAGCUGCCUACGCUCAUGCUGAACUACAUCUCAGGCAAUUAGUUCACCAAACGAACCUUCCGUUCCUUCCUACUCCAAUGGGUAAAGGUGUAGUUCCUGAUCUGGACCCUCAGUGCGUAGCGCCUGCAAGAACUCUUGCUUUGCAGAAGGGUGUUAUUCUGCUCCUCGGAGCCCGAUUGAACUGGAUGCUUCAUUUCGGUCGGCAACCUCGUUUCACCAACGUCAAGAUAAUUCAAGUGGACUUGAGUGCUGAAGAGCUGCAUAACAGUGUGCUGAGCUCCGUGGCUGUCCAAUCGGAUAUUGUUCCGUUUACAGAGCAGCUGAUCGAUGAACUUGCCAGCAUGCACUUCUACUUCGAUAAGAACAACGACUGGUGGAUCGAUCUGAAAGCCAAGUGUGAAAAGAACAAGAAAAUUGUCCAGCAAAUGGCAAUGGACAAGAAGGUUCCGCUGAACUACCACGCUGUCUUCCAUCAUCUGCAGGAACUGAUUCCAAAGGAUGCCAUCAUAGUCAGUGAAGGAGCCAACACCAUGGACAUUGGAAGAACCUUCUUGCACAACAAAUGGCCUCGGCAUCGUUUGGAUGCCGGUACUUUCGGAACGAUGGGAGUUGGGCCUGGAUUUGCCAUUGCUGCCGCACUUGUGUGCCGGGAUCGAUUCCCAGGAGAGAAGGUUAUCUGCGUUGAAGGUGAUUCAGCAUUUGGCUUCUCCGGAAUGGAGAUUGAGACCAUGGUUCGGUAUCAACUUCCGGUUGUAAUUGUCGUUGUCAACAACAAUGGUAUCUAUUCCGGAUUCGACUUAGAAGCCUACAAUGAUAUGCGUACUGCUGGAGAUCUAACGAAAGUUACUCCACCAUCGGCCCUGAAUGUCGAAACGCAUUAUGAAGCGAUGAUGAACAUGUUUCGGCUGAAGGGACACUUCAUUCGUACCAUUCCGGAGCUGCAGCAAGCGGUAAAGGAAGCACUGACCCUGACCGAUCGUCCGACGAUCAUCAAUGUGAUCAUAAGCCCGACGGCCGAUCGCAAACCUCAGGACUUCCAGUGGUUGACCGAGUCGAAGUUGUAAUAUGUGAUAGAUAACCGUGGCGAAAGGUUUACAUUUUAGCUGAGUACAUUCAUAGGUAAAUGGGGUUUGAAGGUGCUAGGUAUGGUUUUUAUGUAUCUUAUGGUUCUAUUGAGAUUCGAGCGUUUUCAAAUUUAAAUAAUUAGAUUCUGAAAAACAACUGAAAAUCAUGAAAAAGAAUGUCAAUGUAUUGUAGUUUUAUUAUGGAUCACUCGUACAUUAACAAUAUUCAUGAUUUGGUAACUGUUUUGGAGAUUUAUAUUUUUUAAAUUUUGAAUAAUUCUAGAAUCUCACAAGAGCUUGAUGCAUCAGGUAUGAUUAAAUAAAUACAUUUUCAUCAAGAUCGAA